UCCAUAUUUCCCCGUAAACGCCAAGGUUAACUCGAGAAAAGCAGGAAGGCUGGGCAUCUGCCUGUAUACAAACGUUUUCCCAAGUGGCAGCAACUGGAGGAGUGGAAUCUCCCUUUGGAGCACAGGUGCGCCCUGAGGAUACACCAGGCCAUUCCCAGAGGCCAGCUGGGCUUACUCUGAAGUAUGCAAGAGAACGCCUCUGAGCCGCCACCAUCGCUCUCUCAGCUCUUAAGGGAAAGCUACCUGGCAGAGGCCCGCGCCCACCAGCGCCACAGCGAGAUGAGCCGCUCGGACGCAUCAUCCUCACGUCUUCAGAUUUUCGGCUCGCUCAAAGGAAAGGCUGAGGAGUCGGCGGGCUUCCACGAGAACCAAUUGCCAGACCUGUCAGCCUUCCUCAACCAAGAAGAGCUGGACAAGAGCGUCAACUUGGCCCGCCAGGCCAUCGGACACGAGCCCCGUGACGAGAGGGCAGAGGUCAAAGCCACUGUCACUCCAACAGCCUCUUCAGCUUCCAUUUCUCCCUCUGUUCACCCCACGAAGCCCUCUCCUGCUCCUUACGGGCCGUCCUCCACUGUGUCCUUCACACAGCUAGAUGAGCUGCCAGCAGCAAAUCAAAGCAACCUCACAGCAGACAGGAAGUCGCAGAAAGCCUCUAACAUGACGAGGAACAGCGGUGAAGGCCUAAACCACAUCAACAAGUCAGCAAGGAAUACCCCGUACGGAAUGGAGACCCAGUCCAAGAAGGAGUUCCUCAACAAGGCAGCAGACUUUAUCGAGGAACUCUCUUCUCUCUUCAAGGCCAACAGCUCUAAGCGGAUACGACCAAGAGCGUGCAAAGCACACAGGAGUCGGAACCAGAGCAAGAGCCAGAACGAUGGCACGGUAUACCCCGUCAGCUCAGACAGCAGGGAGCGCACAGCCAUGCCCGAGGAGGCUUUGGAGGACGGGCCCUGUCCCGUUGUCAGCCGCCAGCAGGAGGUCCAGCUUGACUCUGGGAUUGGUCAGGUGGAGUUUCAAGACGGGAGGAUUACUGAGCAACAGCAACUAGACUGCAAAGAGGUGGAGGUGGCCGAAAACUGCAUUUUGACACAACCGCCAUCGCAUCCAAAGGAGCCAGCGUGUGAGCCUCCUCGGUUUAUCCAGAAACUGAAAAGCAGAGAAGUUCUUGAGGGUAGCAAAGUCCAGUUAGAUUGCAUCGUCAGAGGACAUCCGGUGCCUGAAGUCAGGUGGUUCUGUGAGGGCAAGGAGUUGGAGAACAGCCCUGACAUUCAGGUCAUCACCAAUGGCGAGCUUCACUCUCUGAUCAUCACAGAGGCUUUUGAGGAAGACACCGGACGUUACUCCUGCUUUGCAUCCAACUUCUACGGGACCGACUCAACAUCAGCUGAGAUCUACAUUGAAGGUGCAUCUUCUUCAGACUCUGAGGGGGAACAGCACUUUGAAAAUGUAGCCCACCUGGAGAGGAAACAACCCAAGUCCACUGUGUCAUCAAGCCAAAGCUCCACAGAAGUUCCAGAGUCUUUAGCAAAUCAAACCAUAGCAACUGAGGAGCCACUGAAGGAACUCAGCACUUUAUCUGUCCCAGUCCCGGUUCAGACAACAACCACCUCGCCUCCGGGCCCAGAGAGUCCUCAAGCGCUUGCAGCCUCCACAGCUCAUCCAGAAGAGAGUGAAACAACAAUAUCACCCGUGCAAGUGUUUGCUACGUCACCACCAGCAGACCUCACAGAGGGUCUGCUGCUGUCAGGGGCUACGUCUCUCACGUCCACAACACAGCCAGGGCAGACCGCGGAAUCGCCACAGCCUUUCAACCCUGUCCUCUCAUCUGUGCUGCCGUCCCACGCCGCCCCAACGCAAGCAUCCCAACCUGAGAGUCAAACUUCCAGCCUGCAAGGCUUGAACGGGCAACCUAUCAUGGCUGCUCCUGUUUUCACAAAGAGGCUGCAGGACCUGGUGGCAUCAGAAGGGCAGCUGGUGGUGCUAGAGUGCCGUGUGAAGGGAGUGCCAUCCCCUCACGUGGACUGGUACAAAGAGACAAAAAUCAUUGAGGACUCUGCUGACUUUAGGAUCCUACAGAAAAAGCCCAGAUCUCCAGCUGAAUCAGAGGAAAUAUGUACGUUGGUCAUCGCUGAAGUCUUUCCUGAGGAUUCAGGGAUGUUUACUUGCACGGCAAGCAACACGUAUGGAAUAGCAUCCAGUACUGCAGCACUAAAGAUCAAAGGCAAUGGUGGUAACAACCAUGCAAUUCGGCCUUUUUGCACUUUAACUGUGGAGCCCAGUCGAGUCCAAGAACCCUCUGUAUCAGAUCUCACCUCUCCUCCUGUAAAACCUCACACAGACAUUAUGUUGACCAAUACCAUCAAGCCCCACUCCAGCACCAUACGCCUGGAUCCAUUAGUCAAUAGCAGCUUACGUCUGGAUCCUUUAAACACCAGCACGCUUCGUCUGCACCCCAACAGUUCCAGCAUGCUGCGUCCGGACCCCUUAUGUAUCAGCCAGCCCGGCUUGGACCCCAGCAGCCUUCCCGGUGGCCCCAGCCUCAACACUCGCAGUUUUAGCAUCCCUAACUUAGACCCGUUCAGCCUCCACCAGGACCCUCCGGAGAGCCCGGGACAACUGCCUCCACACCCUAAACCCUUCACUUCACAGGAAGUGUCCGGACCACCUCCCGACGCAAGCCCCAAUAUCAAGGCGACCCCAAACAGUGAUGGAACUUCUGUUACGUUACCCCUCCCAGAUCCACCUCCAAACUCCUGCCUGAAGUCAGGCGUCCUGACAAACCACAAAGACUCACGCUCUAGCUCCAGAGUCGGUCUGCGUGUGCAUUUCAAACUGCCUGAGGAUGAGGAUGAUGAGCAAACUGACACAUUCGCGCCACCUGAUGAAGACACAUCUGAUGACUUGGUCAACAAAGGACCACCGCCAGUGCUGGCAAAACCCAAACUGGACCCGGCUCAGCUCCAGCUCCUUCACAACCAGGUUCUCAUGGAGCAGCAGCAGCAGGACGGUGAGCCCCCGACCCAAACCCACAGCCAACCUUCAUUCCAGGUUAAGCCAGAGGCCCCAAGCUCUCGUGAAGGUCCGCUGUGGUCCCUCAGAGAAAGCCAUGAAUCCCAUGUGCCCUAUCUCAAUACCACCUCGCAGAUGACACCCCAAUCUGCACCUCCUCCUACACCCGCACUGACUUCUACUCCUGCGAUCAACACUGCUACACCUCUAUCCACUCCUCAAGUUACCUCCUCCCUGGUGACAUCUCCUCCACCUAUGCCACGCCUUGGCACAGGUCCGCCUCUCAGUGUAGCACCUUUGACCCAGAUGAACACCAUCCACGCCUCCCAUCUCAACCUAUCAGCAGCAGUUCUUACCAGAAGUGCACCAACGCCACAGUUUUUCUCCCCGCUCGCGUCGACUAACUUUAGUCCGAGCUCAACAGAUUCAACGCCGGCCUCACAGAACGUCAUGUCUCCUGCCGCCAUCCUGAGAAGCACCCACGCCUCCCUCAUGAACCUGACCGCUACCUCACAGACCUUCAACUACGCUCGCCCUAAAGAGUUCAUCACAGCUCAGACCUUCUCACCGGUCAGGAGUCCCUCCCCAACAGAAUCCCCAGUCCCACUUCUCCACGAGCUGGCAGCUGAGCUCAACUCUUCUGCAGCCAGCUCGCCAACGCUCCCACCGUUCUCGCCCCCGCCCAGGACCUUCCCCACGAGAGUGCUCCAGUCCCCUACCAGCCCGCCAUCACUCAUAUCCUCACCCACGCCAGGCUUGAACAGUGUGUUUGCAUUCAGAGCCCAAUCACCUCCUCAGGCCUCUUCCCCCACCUCCAGCAGCUCCACCCCAAGCCCCAUCCAAAACCCAGUGGCUUUCCUGAGCUCCAUCCUGCCUUCCCUGACCUCAUAUCAGCCUACCAACUCAAUGGGCCUUCCCAAAGGAGCUCCGUUGGGGUUAAACAAGAAGCUACCAAAGACGCGUCUACCGUCUACUGAAAACAUUCGCGAGAGCAAAGAAGCCCUUCUUCAUGACAUUCAGAAAAAACUGCAAUUUAAAGACGAUCUUCCCAUUUUUGCACACCAACAGAAGCUGAGUAAUGAGGGGAAAACAGCGAGCAGACCCCUUGUUGGACCAAACUUUCCAGCUACUGUCAUUAACUAUGAUGAGGAGUACAAAGUUUCCAAUUUUGAGCAGAGAUUAAUGAGCGAGAUUGAGUUCCGCUUAGAGCGCACGCCCGUGGAGGAGUCGGACGACGAGGUACAGCAUGACGACGUCCCCUCGGGGAAAUGCAUCGCACCCAUCUUUGACAAGAAACUGAAGAACUUCAGAGCCAUGGAGGGCGUGCCUGUCACUUUCUCCUGUAAAGUUGUUGGCAUCCCCAUUCCAAAGGUUUACUGGUUCAAGGACGGCAAGCAGAUCUUGAGGAAGAAUGUCCAUUACAAGAAGAUAAGAGAAGGUGAUGGUACAUGUGCUUUACACAUCCAGUCCACAACUGCUGAUGAUGAUGGAAACUACACCAUCAUGGCAGCAAAUCCACAGGGCCGAAUCAGCUGUUCGGGUCAUUUGAUCAUCCAAACAGGACCACCCCGAAGUCGCCUGACCCCUAUCAACUCUCAGAGGGUACGAGCUCGCAUCCAGGAAGUUGAAGGGGAGCAAACCCAGGAGCGUUUUUUCCGGCCUCACUUCCUCCAGGCUCCAGGAGACAUGUUGGCACACGAGGGGCGGGUCUGCAGACUAGACUGUAAGGUGAGUGGUCUGCCCAACCCUGAGCUCAUGUGGUUGGUGAAUGGUAGGCCAAUCUAUCCAGAUCUUUACCACAAGAUGCUAGUGCGUGAAACUGGCAUCCACUCCUUGGUUAUUGACCCCCUGACGCAGAAUGACGCCGGCACAUACACCUGCAUUGCAAGCAACAAAGCAGGGCAGAGCUCUUUCAGUCUUGAGCUCAAAGUUGUGGAGAAAGAGAUGAAACAUCCUCCUCAGUUUGUGGAGAAGCUACAGAACAUGGGAAUCCCUGAGGGGACCCCCGUCAGGCUAGAGUGUCGGGUGAUGGGUAUGCCCCACCCGGUUAUAUUCUGGAAAAAGGACAAUGACACCAUUCCCAGAACGAAGAGCAGAAUGAGCAUGCAACAGGACGCCACAGGAUACGUAUGCCUCCUCAUCCAGCCAACCACCAAAGAGGACGCUGGCUGGUACACUGUGUCAGCCAAAAACGAGGCUGGAAUUGCAUCCUGCACCUGCAGGCUGGACAUCUAUGCACAGUGGCAUCAGAGCGUGCCCGCGCCUAUGAAGAAGACUCCACGCACUGGCAGCCGCUACGCCGCUCUGACGGGUCAAGGGCUCGACAUCAAGUCGGCUUUCCCCACGUCGGAGACCAGCCCCUUCCUGUUCUCCAGCUCCCCUUCUGAGGCCACUCUGGAGAGUGACGAGCUGUGAGCGGCGCCGCCCGAUUACCCGGACGGCUCGUCACAGCGUUUGAGUGAUGCGUUUGAAGUGAGACACUCGGAGGAAAGAGUGAUUGUGAAAUGAUUGUGCCAAUAGCACAGUGUCACCAUUCCGGUUUACAAAGGUCAUAGCACGAGUGUUCCAAAACAACAGAUUUGCAAAGUCUUAACUCAUGAGCCAUCAAUGGAGUUGAAUUUGCUCUCCAACAGGUUUGAAUGAUUCACAUUUAUUUGGGUGUUUUUUGUUUUUUUUUUACAGUUGACAGAAGUUCCUCAUUGAUGAAAACUAAUCAUUGAGUUCUAUUAUUAGAAACAUAAAUGCAUACUUGUAAUUAAUAUUACAUUUUUAACCAAAAAAAAGAUUGUUGAAAUGAUCAUACACUGUACUUUUAAACAUGUCAUCAUUUAGUCAAGUGGCCGCCAACACCCCCAACACCCAAGUGCAUUAUUUAUGUCAAACUAGUCACCUUUUUGCAUCAUGUUCUUCCAUGUUGAUGGCUACAGGCAUUUUAGGAACACAUUCUUUAUCUCACUGUGUGUAAUACUAUAAAGUAUAUUGUGAAACCGGGGAGGGACGAACGUAGGCUUUGUAGUAAAAGUGAGAGCAGUGACAUCCAUGGCUGGUAAGGUAUUGACUUUUUAACAAGAAAAAGAAGAGAAUAAUUCGCUUCAGGUAAAAAUGUUUUCAAAUCCUUCUUCAUCCCAUUUAUUUAUUUAUUUUUAUAAAACUGACUGAAACCCAAAGUUCUAUCUUGGCGCUCUGUUACAUUGUUGUAAAAGUCCUCCUUAUCUUCAGUUUUAAACGUUGUAGAAGGACGGCACUUACGCCCCCUCCCGGUGAGCCAGAGUAUUGCGCCGUUGACCUGCAGUUUAAUGUCGGAUUGGCGAGAAUAAUCAUGCCACACAUUAUUUACUCACAUUCAAAAAGGGUAAACUGUUCACGCGGUCUUAUCGCAGGAUUCAGCCCAGGUUUGACGAGAAGAAAUGUGCACAUUCAGCGAUUUUUACUUCAAAGAAUCUUACAGAAUAUACAUCUAUAACGCAGUUCAGUGGACAAAUAGUAAUAUUUAUUUUAUGUUAUUAUUUGGCGUCGUUUUCACUAAGUGAGUUUUUUUUUUUUUUUUUAAUGAUGCCAUUUAUAAAUGACGCCAGGGCAGUCUCAAAGAGGUCACAGUUAGUACCUUUAAUUGUGAGUUUGAGAAAGAU